AUGGCCCAGUAUCUGCAAAGUACCGAUUCUGCACAUCAGUGUUGGAUUGUCACCGGACUCGCGAUCCGUAACGCUCAAAGUUUGGGCCUCCAUCUUCCCCAGAACAUUGCCCGCCUUCGAAGCUUCCAAGAGCAACAACUGGCGCGCAAAAUAUGGCACGGUUGUAUUCUAAUGGAUCGGGUGAUAUCUAUGACGUUUGGUCGCCCUGCGAUGAUCUCAAAGGCUUCUAGUGGGGCGGUUCCUCUGCCAGUCGCUGUUGACGAUGAAUAUAUUCCAUCCGGGUGUGGUAAAGAGGUCUCCCAGCCUCCUGAUCGGCCUUCAAUGAUGGCAUUCUACGCUAAGUCAUUAGAACUUUAUGAGAUCAUGAACGAUGUGCUUCUUAGCUUUUACAAACCAAUUUCCGACGAUCAUGCGGAAGAUGUCCAUAACUUCUAUUUCGACAAUGUUGCAAGUGAGGGAGAGCGGACUAUCUUUGAGCUCGACCGCUCUCUCACUCGAUGGACACGAAGCCUUCUCCCACACCUGCGUUGGGAUUCCUCAACAGUAUCCACAAAUCCUAUAUUUUAUCGGCAAAGCAUUGUCUUGCGUGCGAGAUUUCUACACGUGCGGAUGCUGUUGUUUCGUCCAACUCUCUCUAAAUACUGUGCUGUUCGUGAUAAUGCCACAGCAUACCCAUUAAUCUCGACGAAUGACUCCUUCCCCCAUCGUGUCGCGCUACAGUGCUCUAUCAUAUGUGUCAAAGCUGCCCAAGAGUCUAUCCAACUAAUCUACAAUAAUGUCCCUGCUGAUGGGACCGGUGGGCCCCUGCCGGCUUGGUGGUAUAACAUUCUUUACGUUUAUACUUCUGCAACUGUCUUAAUCGCUGGCCGCUUAUGCUCUGCGAUCCUUGCCGAGAUCAAAGAAACCUCCAUCGCGCAGUCUUGGAAUUAUGCACUGGAAGUUCUUCGAAAAUACCAAGGUUAUAGCACAUCCGCUCGUCGCUGUGUAGCGGCCCUUGAAAUUCUUUAUGAGCAAGUUGCCUCUGAAGGUCUGCUGCCAACCAACCACAUGCCUAGUCAUGAGAUAGGGGCCAACUCAAGUGCAGUGGAUGAUAUGUCCUUCGGCGAAGGAAUGAAUGCGGCUAUCUUGGACAACUUUGAGUUUCCCGAUUUCCAAGAUAUGUCAUGGUUGAACAGUGUUCCGAGCAACCUUUUCUAG